AUGUACUUCUUCCUCCUCAACCUCUCCCUCCUCGACCUGGGCUCCAUCUCCACCACUCUCCCCAAAGCCAUGGCCAAUGCCCUCUGGGACACCAGGGACAUCUCCUAUGUGGGAUGUGUUGCACAAGUUUUUCUCUUUGUAUUUUUGUUACCAUCAGAGUAUGUUAUUCUCACAGUCAUGGCCUACGACCGCUACGUUGCCAUCUGCCAACCCCUGCACUAUGGGACCCUCCUGGGCAGCAGAGCUUGUGUCCACAUGGCAGCAGCUGCCUGGGGCACUGGGAUGCUCUAUUCUCUCCUGCACACAGCCAACACAUUUUCCCUACCACUCUGCCAAGGAAAUUCCUUGGACCAUUUCUUCUGUGAAAUCCCCCAGAUCCUCAAGCUCUCCUGCUCAGAUUCCUACCUCAGGGAAGUUGGGCUCCUUGUGGUUAGUGUCUGUUUAGGAUUUGGGUGUUUUGUUUUCAUCGUGCUGUCCUAUGUCCAGAUCUUCAGGGCCAUGCUGAGGAUCCCCUCUGAGCAGGGACGGCACAAAGCCUUUUCCACGUGCCUCCCUCACCUGGCCGUGGUCUCCCUGUUUGUCAGCACUUCAUUUUUUGCCUACCUGAAACCCCCCUCCAUCUCUUCCACAUCACUGGACCUGUUGGUGUCAUUUCUGUACUCGGUGGUGCCUCCAGCAGUGAACCCCCUCAUCUACAGCAUGAGGAACCAGGGGAUCAAGGAUGCACUGAAGAAGCUGAUUCAAGGAGUAGAAAUUGUCCACCUGGACUUCAGGAAGGCUUUUGACACUGUCUCCCAAAAAAUCCUCAUCGAAGAGCUGGUGAAGCAGAGGCUGGAGAAGCAGACAGUGAGCCUGGGUCCUUGGCAUGUUGGUUAUGACAUCCCUAAUGGCGUGGCACUCCUGCCCUAUGAUGUCAGUCGUGUCUCCGCCCCCCCAGUCAUGGUGGCCAAGAAGAGGAAGCUCUUCAACAUGGAUGAGCAUUUUGUGGGGCUCUGA